AUAUUAGGAUUCACGAUCUAAAAAUCACGAUUACGUGCACUUUAAUCAGCGCAAAGUUGACGUUUUGUAACUUCCUGUUUUGACCUGAGGGCCUUUCUGUACCUGAUGCAAAGACAUCUGCAAAUUGAACGGAUUUUAAGACACCUGUUAUAUUUAAGCAGAGACAUCAAAUUAUGGCUGAAGUGAAAAGGCGAAGGAAAAAGCUCAGGCCACAGGAAGAUGCCAUACAGUUUUGUCGCUUGAAGAAUGACAAAAAUGGGCUGGAUGGCAGAUUCAUUAAUGACAAUAAAGGGAGAGGUGUGUUCAGUUGUACUGAGUUUGAUAAAGGUGAUUUCCUGUUGGAAUACAGAGGCGAUCUCAUAAGCAAAGAAGAAUGUGAAAGGAGACAAAGAUUAUAUCAUGAUGCUCUCAAAGUUUUCAUGUUUGAGUUUCGCUACAAUGGAAAACUCCUCUGUGUCGAUGCAGCCCGAGAUGACGGUUCUCUAGGACGUCUUGUAAAUGAUGACCAUAUUAACCCAAACAGCAGGAUGAAGACUAUCUGUGUCGAUGGAAAACUUCACCUUUGCUUAUUUGCCACAAGGAACAUCUGUGCUGGUGAAGAAAUAACCUACAAUUAUGGCGAUUCGGAGUGGCCAUGGCGAUGCUUGACUCCUUGUAAGGUUGAACCACCCCCUGAAAUCAACACAAUCUCAGAUUCAGAAAUCAGAGAGACAGAGAGUUGUAGUGAGAUUGAACCUUCACCUCUUGAAAUCAACAUACACUGCCUGUUAGAAGUCAAAGAUGUAGACAUGCUGACAGUUGUUUGUGAUCAGUCAGUGUCAGUGGACUCCAGUGUUUCUGCAGCCUCUGUUGAACCGGAAAAGGUAACUCCAAAGAUGAAUAUUUUACCAUCGGAGGAUCUAGAUUGUGUUGACAAGAUGUCACCUGUCAAGGAGCAUGUGUUAAAUAAGAAGCAGAAAUAUUGUGCCCCUGCUGAAGAAGUUGAAGAGGUCUGCAAACAUAUUGUGGUCCCUUCAGCAAUAUCGAGUAUGGACAAAUGUGCUGAAUGUGUGGGACCUGUAGCAGCACAGAAGUGGCUUGGCCUAAAAUGUCAAUGUUAGUAUGAUAUCUUGUUCUAUAUGCACCAUGACAUGUUUUAACAAUU